CUGCGCGCCAUGGCGGGGCUGCUGGCGCUCCUGGGCCCCGCCGGCAGGGUGGGCGCCCGGGUCCGGCUUCGCGCUUCCUGGCUCCUGGGCGCCGCAGCCCCCUGCGCGCCGCGCCCCCUGUUGCUGCCACUGCUCCGGCCCGGGCCCGAUGCCCAGGUGCUGCGCGCGGUCGGCGGGGACAGCCGCGGCCGCCAGGACCCCAGCAAGAGCACUGCGCCGCCGGCCCCUCCUGUCAGCAGCUCGGAGGAGGAAAAGCAAAGCAAGUCACAGCAGCUGAGAAAGAUUUUCCAAGAGUAUGGUGCCGUCGGCGUGUCGCUGCACAUCGGAAUCUCUCUGAUCUCCUUGGGGAUAUUUUACAUGGUGGUUUCAAGUGGUGUGGACAUGUCUGCAAUCCUGCUCAAACUCGGAUUUAAAGAGUCACUAGUGCAGUCGAAGAUGGCAGCAGGCACAAGCACCUUCGUCGUGGCCUAUGCCAUCCACAAGCUGUUUGCCCCCGUGCGAAUCAGCAUCACCUUAGUGUCCGUGCCCUUCAUCGUCAGAUAUUUUCGCAAAGUGGGAUUUUUUAAACCUCCAGCUGCAAAGCCUUGAUGAACGCUUCAAACCUGUUUCUUUUAAAUAGAAAUUUUGGGUUAGUUUUAGGAUAGAGCUUUUUGGGUGUGGGGGGUUGGUUAGGAGUAGGGUGGGGACAGGAAGCUAAUUGCUAUGUUCUCAUGAAUAAGUUUUCCCGUUGGCAACAAAAUUCAGGUUUUUUAAUAAUUGUAAUUAUUUUGCUUUACAAAUGUUAAUGUUGUUCCUCACAGGAUUUGUACGCGUAAUCUAAAAUGUCAGUGAAACGUCACAAAUUGAGUUGUCAUCACAAAUUUAGUUGUCAUCUCAAACAAAACUGUUUGCCUACAAAUGGUCCUUCUGGAAGAUCACUGUUGAGGUUCUAGUCUGCGAAAACCCUCAGGGGUUAAUCUUCGCUCAAAUUCUUAAAGGGCAACGAUUCAUUAAGCCGGUUUUUAAAAUUCCCCUUCCUCCAAUAUCUGUUGCCAGGCUGCCUGCAGUUUCAUACGCAGUAGGCUGCAAAGCAGCUCCCGGUGUUCCCGUUAAUGAAGCCGAAUUUAAGACUUAACAAUAUGUAAUCAGGAUCUAAAUUAGCAUCAACGCUUCGACGUUCAUUACCCUUCUUUUAGGGAGGAAGAAUAACCAAGUAUCUCUGGUGUUUCAUUGAUGCUAAAACACCUUCCAGUCUGGACAUUCUCAAAUUUCACUGAAGUAGGUCAGGGUCAUUUGUCUCUGUUGGGGUAAAAAAUGGAAAUUCUGUUCAGUAGUAAUGGCAUCACGUGGCUCCUGACGGCCUAAUCCACAGGUGAGCUUGGACACUGCACUCAUGGAAAGCUAAGACAAUCUUUGCUUAACGUCAGACAUUCCAGAACUAUCGUCAUCAUGUUUACAUUGUGUUGCUACUUCUAUUUUUUUGAGUUGAAAUUGUUAUGUAGAAAAAGAUUUUAUAUCACUCUCUAAAAAGGAAACUGAGCGGCACUUGCUGUAAAUGGGAGGCAGCUGGGAAAUACUACAACAUUAAUACAAGCCAGGGAGGGAGGGGGCGGGCAGGUGUAAUUACCGUCUGUUGAGCCAGUUUUACCUGAUAAAGGAGGUUUGAUCUGAGCUUCCCAUCCCCCCACCCCACCAUACCUCCCGCCUUGCUGUGAGGGACAUUAUUAGUUAAAAACAGAAACAAGCACACAGAUUCAAAUGGACAUUUUUGUCCCUGGAAUGCUUAGGAGCAGGCAGACUGGAGGGAAUGCCUUUCUGUGGGAUUCCUAUAAUGCCCCCUUCAGGGCUGUAUCCACCCACAGCACGGUCCACACUGGGACCCCCAAUUCAAACAGUUCUGCCAUGCCACCCUGGUUGAGGGAGAUCCACUUUGUAGGGGGAGGGUUAAUUACAGAAAGGACAAUCAGAAGACUAAAGGAACUAUAAAUUGACCAUUGUGGUUUUACCACCCGGCUGCUGACCGUUCCCUGAUUAAGCCUUAGUAACCUAUGUCCGUUACUUCAGUUAACUUUUACAAGAAGCUUUAUGGAACAAAUUCUCCACUUGCAAGAUCGUUAAAAGUGGAUUCUGGGCCCCCCUCACCGCCACCCUUUUAAAGCAAUUAGCCCAUUGCCAAAAGGCUUUAUCGAUUUCAAGGAUCCCUUUCUGGGAUCUAAUUCCAAGGACAGUUGGCUUCAUGCUCCUAACCACCUUCCCAACAGUCUCCCUACCACUCAGAUCCCUAGUAAUGCCUAUGCAAAAAAAAAAAAAAUGCUGACAGUGAGUCCUACAGGUUCAAGGGCUGAAAUCUUAACUUUGACUCCAUGUUUGGAGGAAUGGAAGUGGACUGACAGGAAAGCAAUAAAACCAGUCACCAAACCAAACAGCCAUGGCCUUUUCUUCAGAGCCCCACCUCCGCUCCACUCCUGAGGCCAGUGGCCCCAGCAGAACAAAGAACUUGGAGAAGAUGAGGAGACCAAAGGAUCAGGGAAUAUGUGACUUCACCAGCAAGAUGUACAGAAUGCUUGUAUUUACACUGUUUUUAUGGAACUAGGGAAUAAAACAUGAUCUAUUUUAAAAAUGUAAGCCAUCGUUCACCCCUGAUUUUGUAUUUGACCAAAUGAGCCACUUAAAUUCCCUGAAACAAAUAAACAUCUUUGUAGUGUAGUGAA